AUGGCCGGGAAGCAUCAAGUGGAACCUCUUUUUGUAAAGCACAACAUCAAGUUCAAGUGAGUUUGUGAUUUUUUUUGAAAUUUUUCCUUUUUAGUUCAAAAAAGCCCAUUUCGCACUGUAAAAUUCAGAAUGGAGUAGUGCUGAUUGGAUUACAAAGUCAAUCAUUGCAACAUAUUCGAAUUCAGACUGGAAAAUUUACGGGUAAGUUCAUAUUUGGGGUUUUAUUAUAUUACCUAUGACGUCAGAUAGGAAAAUUUGCGCAAUAAGUUUAGGUUGAUGAGAGUGAUCUUGCGAUGAGUUGGAAUAGAGACUAAGGGACCUCAGCGAUGUUUUGAUGUCUUUUUUGUGGACUUUGAAUUACAUUUUAAGGUGAUGUUGUUCUUGAUAGGUGGGAUUUUUUUGUAAAGUAGUUGAUCUUCAAUUGUAGUAUAGACGUGUUUAUUUAGUGCCUUUUAGAUUCCCUGAGUCUUUUAAUUCAUCUUCCUCCAGAUAUCCCACUGAAUCUCGCUUCAAAUGACAAGAUCGCGUACAUUCACCUUGAUUAUCGCGGCUCUCAUGCGAUUAUCAGCACCGAAUUGGGAGAGAACUACUACAUGAACAUGAAGACAGUUGCAUUGAAGCCUCUAUGGCGUCUUAAGGUACGACUUUUAUUCUUUUUUGACUUCCAAUUCUAGGGUCAUACAAUUUCUGCCGUCGGUUUCAACGCCGAAAGAGCUACGGAUCAAGAGACUUCGUUUAUUGUCCUUGGAACUAAUAAAGGUAAGGUAAAACAUCUACUUGGUAUUUUAUGUCUUUAGGAACCCUAAUGGAGACGAAUAUUGCUUCAUCUGGCUCAGCAAGUUAUGCUAAAAGGUUGUCGAGCAAUUUGGUCGAAAACGCCCCAAUCAGCAGUAUAAAUAUUGUCCCGUAUUCUCUUGACAAUGACCUCAGGUAUCUAAUUGGGCUUAUAAUUGAUUAUGAGUCGUCAAUUUCAGCUGGCUUUUGAUUGUUUGCACCCCAGGACGAUUGUAUUGCAUUCCGGGCACAUUGAAUGUUGAGGCCAUGGAGAAAGUGGUCUCCCAGCCGGUUGUAGGGACCGUUUGGACUUCGUCGUUGGUGGAACAGCAGGCUGCGGUUCUUCAGAACUUUUUCUCAGCGAAAUGUAAGAUUUUGCCUUUGAGUUUUGUUGGUUUAGGUUUGGCAGUCUGCGUCCGAGGUUGUAGAUCAGAAUGGGGACAAAAUUGGUGGGAAUGGAGCUUGUGCCUUAGGGAGAGCUAUAAAAUAAUGAAUUUUGAAUGAAUAAACUUUUGGAGGGGCUAGCGAUCCUUUAAAUUGUGGUUUUCGUUCGGCAGGCUGCGCCCUAGAUGAUGUUAGAGAAUGAGCUGGGAAGUGUUGUAAGAUGUAAUGGACACUCAAAAAAGGUUGCAUAGAUAUAACAGAGGGAUUUUAAAAGCCUUAAAGACCCAGAAAUUACACUAAAAGAAUCAAAAUCACCUUAUCUUACCCUUCAGCAAACCCUCGAUAUCAUUCCCUUGGAGAUCAGAAGGACGAGAAGCCCAGCGACGUAGUGAUAUUCCCUACAUGUAUAGAAGAAAUCACACUUCCAGAGCGCUAUUGCUGGCUGGCUUCGGAAGGAGUUAGCCUGGGACAUUUUGAGACCACCAGAACGGAUGGAUUCGAUAUUAUAAAUGAGGAUUGGUUUCGAAAACACGAUCUCAGCGAAGGAAAGUACAAUUACCCGUUGAGCGUUGCGUUGUCGGAGUAUCAUAUCUUCAUGAUUUAUCAGGAAAAAUUUGUGGCCAUAUCAAUUUUGGAUCAAAAAGUGGCAUUUGAGGAUGUUUUUAUGGUAAGUUGAGGGGGAAGAUGGUGAUAUUUUUGCUGAAAAUUAAUUUAGAAAUUUGCUUUAGGCCGUAUUUUAGUUUUACUAGAAGUUUUGAAGCUUUGAGUUCAGUCUAAAUAUCAAAAAAUUAAGAAAAUUGUAUUAUCUUACCAUCAAAAAUAAGUCGAUUUUUCAGGACGCCUCCAAUGUCCUAGGAAUGUGCCGUGAUGCCACGUCUGAAUUUAUUUGGAUCUUCAGUGAGAAUGGAUUGUUCUACUAUAGGCCAGAUAGGGAAACACGGGAUGUUUGGAAGGUUUUGAUCGAAAGAAAUGAAUUCUCCAAGGCCCGAAAAAUCGCGAAACAAAUGGCGGAUAAACGCCCAUAUCAGAUUGUUUUAAAAAAAGAAGCCGAGAAAUUCCUGAAUGACAAUAAGUAGGUGGUUUACCAUGCAAUUUUUAGCGAUUUUCAUAUAAAUUUUUGAAAAAUUGAGAUUUUUUGGAGAAUUUUUCGAAAAAAUCAUCGUAGUUUUGGAAAUAGAUUUGUAAUAAUGAGAAGUGUGGUAUUUUACAGCAGCUCGGAGAAAAAUACAUAUAUUUAUAGCUUCGUUGCGGCUGCUGAACUUCUCGCUCAAAGCACAGAACCGUUUGAAAACACAGUACUCAAGUUCCUCAAAAACCCAAAUUCCCGUGACAGUCGAAAUGGAUUGAAGAGAUAUUUGGAACUCAAAUUGGACGCACUGGAUAAAAGAGUAAGGUUUUUGGUUUUACGGAUAUUGAAGACAUUUUACUGGGAGAAAAUUUGA